AUGGCUCUCCCUCUUGUGACAAUUCCUGCCCCUCAAUUUGGUAAAGAGAAUGGUGUGGUAUGGUCAUCCUCUCCUCAACGUCUUGAACUGCCAGAGAAGCCAUUCCACCAUUCAAACUGCUCUGACUCACCAUGUAUCUCUGAAUCCGGUUCUGACAUCUUUAGCAAGCGAGAAGUGAUCCAAAAGCUGAGACAACAGUUGAAGAGAAGGGAUGAUAUGAUACUUGAGAUGCAGGAUCAGCUUGUCGAAUUACAGAAUUCUCUCUGCACUCAGCUUUCCCAUUCUACCCAUCUGCAAUCACUGGUGGAUGCAGCGAACAUGGAUCUAUUUGAUUCACAGAGAGAAAUUCAAAGGCUGAGGAAGGAAAUUGCAGAUCAUUGUGUUGGACAAGUGGGUUCCAAUAAUAUGCCCUCGACAGUGUGGCCAUCUGAGGGGAGAAAUGAUCAUGCUAAUGGUGGGCAUCUGAACGUUGAGAGCAAUUUGCUGGCUUCAGAAAAGGGAAGAAGAGAUGGAGCGAGGAUUGAGAUGCUGAAAAGGGAACUGAAGGAUUUGAAAGAAGUGAUAGAAGGGAAGUAA